GUCCCCACUUAGGCCUAAGCUGAUGUUUCUUCCAGCAUGGCCAGUACCUUUCCUGUGAGAGCUUGGAGAUUGGUGUCUGGAGGAACUUGGGAACGGAGAGACCUGUCCCACAACCUGCUCCAGACGCUGGACGUCAGGCUCCUGGUGAACCUCUCAGCACUGGUAGAGCUGGAUAUAAGCAACAAUAGGAUUUCUACAUUAGAAGAAGGAGUAUUUGCUAAUUUAUUUAAUUUAAGUGAAAUAAACCUGAGUGGGAAUCCAUUUGAAUGCAACUGUGAUCUGGCGUGGCUGCCACCCUGGGUAGAGGAACAACAGGUUCGUGUGAUACAGUCUGAGGCAACCACAUGCAGAGGGCCAAUCCCAUUGGCCGGCCAGCCCCUUCUCAGCAUACCUUUGUUGGACAGCACCUGUGGUGAGGAGUAUAUUGCCUGCCUCCCUGAUAACAGCUCAGGUGCUGUGGCAGUGGUGGCCUUCUCUGCCCAUGUGGGACCACUGGAGCCUGAGGCCUGCAGUGCCUUCUGCUUCUCAGUUGGUGAGGGCCUCGCUGCCCUCUCAGAGCAGGGCUGGUGCCUGUGUGGAUCAGGCCAGCUCUCCAACACUUCUGUGGCCUGCUUGUCCUGGUGUUCCAGCAUCACGCUACCCCCUACCUCUGCCUGUGGGGGCCCUACCCUGCUCCAGCAUGUCUUCCCUGCUUCCCCAGGGGCCACCCUAGUGGGGCCCCAUGGACCCCUGGCCUCUGGCCGGCCAGCAGACUUCUACAUCACUGCUCCCCUGCCCAUCAGCUCCACACGCUGGGACUUUGGUGAUGGCUCCCCUGAGGUGGACAUGGCUGGCCCCACUAUCACCCACUCCUUUCUGCUACCUGGGCACUAUCACGUGACAGCUGUGAUGGCCUUGGGGGUUGGUUCAGCUCUGCUGGAGACAGAGGCACAAGUAGAGGUGGUACCUGCUGCCCUGGAGCUCGUAUGCCCAUCCUUCGUGCACAGUGAUGAGAGCCUUGAACUCAGCAUCCGGCACCGUGGAGGCUCAGCCCUUGAGGUCACCUAUAGCAUCCUGGCCCUGGACAGGGAGUCCACCCAAGUGGUGCACCCGCUCUGCCCCUCGGACACAGAGAUCUUUCCUGGGAAUGGGCACUGCUAUCGCCUAGUGGCGGAGAAGGCAUCCUGGCUGCAGGCACAGGAACAAUGCCGGACCUGGGCUGGGGCUGCUCUGGCCAUGGUGGACAAUCCUGCCAUCCAACACUUCUUGGUCUCCCAAGUUACCAGGAGCCUGGAUGUAUGGAUUGGCUUCUCAUCUGUGGAGGGGGCAGAAACAGGUCCGACUCCCCAGGGUGAGGCUUUCAGUCUGGAGAGCUGCCAGAACUGGCUGCCUGGGGAGCCACACCCAGCCACAGCAGAGCACUGUGUGCGGCUGGGGCCUGCUGGGCAGUGCAACACAGACCUGUGUUCGGCGCCGCAUAGCUAUGUCUGUGAACUGCGGCCUGGAGGCCCUGUGUGGGAUGCUGAGAACAUCCUCGUGGGAGUGCCUGGUAGGGGUCUGCCAGGACCACUGCAUCCCCUGGCACCGCAGGAAGUCCUUCUGAGCCCCCAGAAGCCUGUGGAGGUAAUGAUAUUCCCUGGCCUGAGUCCCAGCCGUGAAGCCUUUCUCACUGCAGCCAAGUUUGAGACCCAGGAGCUUGGAGAACCUGCCCAACUGCGGCUACAAGUGUACCGACCAUCAGGAGGAGCAGCAGCGGCCACAGAAGACAGCAGUAAGCCUGACAACAGAACUGAGUUGGCCCCCAAGUGUGUACCCAAGGGACACUGGUGUCCUGGAGUCAAUGUCUGUGUGCCAUUUGAUGUCUCAUGCCAGUCUCAUGACUGCACCAAUGGGUCCACGUCAGGGCCACGGCUUCCCAGGGCCAGCUACACACUAUGGAAGGAAUUUCUCUUCUCUGUGCCUGCAGGGCCCCCUACACAGUACUUGGUCACCUUCCAUGGCCAGGAUAUCCCUGUGCUCCCUGGUGACCUUGUUGGCUUACAGCAUGAUGCUGGCCCAGGUGCUCUUCUACACUGUCCCCUGGCUUCCAGCUGCCCUGGCCUUGCCCUGUACCUCUCCACUAAUGCCUCAGAUUGGCCCAUUCACUUGCCUACCCAGCUGGAGGAGGCUUGGAUUGGCCCUGCCUGCUCUCUGCAGCUGCUCUUGGCUACAGAGCAGUUUAGUCCCCUCCUGGGUCUGAGGCCCAACCCUGGACUGCAGCAUUCUGGACGCUAUGAAGUCCAAGCCACAGUGAGCAACAGUGUGUCCAGGUACAACCUGUCCUGCAGCUUCAAUGUGGUCUCCCCAGUGGCUGGGCUACGAGUCAUCUACCCUGUUCCCCUUGAGGGCCACCUUUAUGUGCCAACCAACGGCUCCAUCUUGGUGCUUCAGUUGGACUCUGGUGCCAAUGCCACCGCCAUGGCUCAUUGGUCUGGGGGCAACAUUAGUGCUCCCUUUGAAGCUGCCUGUCCUCCUGUAGUGGAUAUUCUCAAGCUAGACUGCACUGAAGAGACCAAUGGCACCCUGUUCUCGGUGCUGUUGCUGCCCAUGCUCAGGGAGGGGAAGCAUACAGUGGAGAUUGUGGCACAGAAUGGAGCCAGCCAGGCCAAUCUCAGCCUGAAGGUGACGGCUGAGGAGCCCAUCUGUGGCCUCCGUGCCAUGCCAAGCCCUGAGGCCCGUGUGCUGCAGGGCAUCCUGGUGCGGUAUAAUGCUGUGGCAGAAGCUGGCUCAGAUGUGGCCUUCCGGUGGACCAUUGAUGACAAGCAAUCCCUGACCUUCCACAAUGCUGUCUUUAAUGUAAUCUACCAGAGUGCUGCCAUCUUUAAGCUCUCGCUAACAGCCUCUAACCAUGUGAGCAAUGUCACUGUGAACUACAACGUCACUGUGGAACGGAUGAAUAGGAUGCGGGGGCUAUGGGUUUCUGCAGUGCCAUCUGUGCUGUCCCCCAAUGCCACACUGGUACUGAUGGGUGGUGUGCUGGUGGACUCAGCUGUGGAGGUGGCCUUUCUGUGGACCUUUGGGGAUGGGGAGCAGGUGCUCAGCCAGUUCAAGCCUCCAUAUGACGAGUCCUUCCAGGUUCCAGACCCCACAGUAGCCCAGGUGCUGGUGGAACACAACACCACACAUGUUUACACUGCUCCAGGUGAGUACAACUUGACUGUCCUUGUGUCCAACUCCUACGAGAACCUGACUCAGCAAGUACCUGUGAGUGUGCGCUCUGUGCUUCCCAGUGUGGCUGUGGGCAUAAGUAGCAGCGUCCUGGUGGCUGGCCAACCCAUAACCUUUUCCCCAUACCCGCUGCCCUCAUCUGGUGGUGUGCUAUACACUUGGGACUUUGGGGAUGGCUCCCCUGUCCUAACUCAGAACCAACCAGCACUCAACCAUACGUAUGCCAAGACGGGCACCUACCACAUCGUUUUGAAGGUCAACAACACGGUGAGCAGUGUGGUGGCACAUGCAGACAUCCAUGUCUUCCAGGAGCUCCAUGGACUAACUGUGUCCUUGAACCCAUCUGUAGAGCAGGGAGCCCCCAUGGUGGUCGACGCUGCUGUGGAGUCAGGUGACAACAUCACAUGGACGUUUGACAUGGGAGAUGGCACAGUGUUCAUGGGCCCAGAGGCCACAGUGCAGCAUGUGUACCUGAAGGCACAGAACUGUACGGUGACAGUGGGUGCAACCAGCCCUGUGGGCCACUUGAGUCAAAGCUUGCAUGUGUGGGUCUUUGUCCUAGAGGUAUUGCGAAUAGAGCCUGCCACCUGCAUCCCCACACAGCCCAAUGCCAAGCUUACAGCCCAUGUCACUGGAGACCCUGCCCAUUACCUCUUUGACUGGAUAUUUGGGGAUGGCUCCUCCAACACAGUUAUUCAGGGGUAUCCCGUGGUGACACACAACUUCACACAGAGUGGUAUAUUCCCACUGGCCUUGGUCCUGUCAAGCCAUGUGAACAAGGCACACUACUUUACCAGUGUUUGUGUGGAGCCUGAGGUAGGCAACGUUACACUGCAACCUGAGAGGCAGUUUGUACAACUUGGGGAUGAAGCCCGGCUGGUGGCCUGCUCCUGGCCCCCAUUCCCCUAUCGCUAUACCUGGGACUUUGGCACAGAAGACACCACCCCCACCCAAACUGGAGACUCUGAAGUGACAUUUAUCUACCAAAAACCAGGUUCCUACUUGGUGACAGUCACCGUGUCCAAUAAUGUCUCUGCCAUCAAUGAUUCGGCUUUUGUGGAGGUACAGGAGCCUUUGCUAAUCACUGGUAUUGGGAUCAAUGGUUCCCAUGUGCUGGAGCUGCAGCAGCCUUACCUUUUCUCUACCAUGGGCCAUGGGCACCCUGCCACCUACCUAUGGGAACUCGGGGAUGGCAGCCAGUAUAAGGGCCCCGAGGUCAUCCAUAUCUACAAUAGCACGGGUGACUUCACUGUCAGGGUGGCUGGCUGGAAUGAGGUGAGUCACAGUGAGGCCCAACUCAAUGUGACGGUGAAGCUGCGCGUUCGAGGGCUCACCAUCAAUUCCAGCCGUACAGUGGUGCCUCUAAAUGGCAGUGUGAGCUUCAGCACCUCACUGGAGGUAGGCACCGAUGUACGCUAUUCCUGGGUGCUCUGCGACCACUGUACGCCCAUCCCUGGUGGUCCCACUAUCUCCUACACCUUCCGUUCAGUGGGUACCUUCAACAUCAUUGUCACUGCUGAGAACGAGGUAGGAUCUGUCCAGGACAGCAUCUUCAUCUAUGUCCUACAAUUUAUUGAGGGACUGCAGGUGGUAGGGGGUGGUGGCAGCUGCUGCUUCCCCACCAACCACACACUGCAGCUGCAGGCUGCAGUCAGGGAUGGCACCAACAUCUCCUAUAGCUGGACUGCCCAGCAGGAUGGUGGCCCCAUACUCUCUGGCAGUGGCAAGAGCUUUUUGCUUACAGCAUUUAAGGCUAGCACCUACCAUAUCCAUCUUAGGGCCACCAACAUGUUGGGCAGUGCCUCAGCCAACCGCACUGUGGACUUUGUGGAACCUGUGGGAUAUCUGAUUGUGGCUGCCUCCCCCAAUCCAGCUGCUGUAAAUGUGAGCCUCACCCUUGAUGCUGAACUGUCAGGCGGCAGUGGCAUUGUUUACACUUGGUCCCUGGAGGAUGGACUGAGCUGGGAGACCUCUAAGCCAUCUACUACCCAUGCCUUUACCACAGCUGGCCUGCACGUGGUCACAGUCACAGCCGGGAACCAGCUGGGUUUAGUCAAUUCCACAAUUGAGGUGGCCAUACAGGUGCCUGUCGGUGGCCUGAGUAUCAGAACUGGUGAGCCAGAUAGUGGCUUUGUGGCAGCUGGUUCCACUGUACACUUCUGGAGUCAACUGGCUACAGGCACCAAUGUGAGUUGGUGCUGGACUGUGCCGGGUGGCAACAAACACAACCAGCACAUUGCUGUGGGAUUCCACACUACUGGCACCUUCUCUGUGCAACUUAAUGCUUCCAAUGCGGUAAGCUGGGUCUCAGCCACAUACAACCUCACAGUGGAGGAGCCCAUUGUGGGCCUGGUACUGUGGGCCAGUGGCAAGGUGGUGGCACCUGGACAACCAGUCCACUUUCAGAUCCUGCUAGCUGCUGGCUCUGCUGUCACUUUCUGCCUACAGGUGGGCGGAACUAUCCCUGAAGUACUCCCUGGUCCCCACUUCUCUCGUAGUUUCUUUUGGGUUGGAGACCACAUGGUAAAUGUGCAAGCUGAGAACCAUGUGAGCCAUGCCCAGGCUCAGGUUCACAUCUUAGUGCUGGAGCCUGUUGGUGGGCUGCAGGUACCCAGCUGCUGUGAGCCAGGUAUGGCCACAGGCACUGAGAAAAACUUCACAGCCCGGGUGCAGCAGGGUUCCCGAGUUGCCUAUGCUUGGUACUUCUCUUUGCAAAAGGUUCAGGGGGACUCGCUAGUCAUUCUAUCGGGCCGUGAUGUCACCUACACUCCCGUGGCUGCAGGAUUACUGGAGAUCCAUGUGCGUGCCUUCAAUGAGCUGGGUGGGGUGAACCUCACACUUGUAGUGGAGGUCCAGGACAUCAUCCAGUAUGUGGCACUGCAAAGUGGCCGCUGCUUCACCAACCGUUCCGCCCGUUUUGAGGCUAUCACAAGCCCCAGUCCCCGGCGUGUGGCCUACAGCUGGGACUUUGGAGAUGGGACUCCAGUGCAGGACACAGAAGAGUCCUGGGCUGACCAUUCCUACCUGCACCCUGGGGACUACCGCGUGGAGGUGAACGCUACCAAUCUGGUGAGCUUUUUUGUGGCACAGGCCACAGUGACUGUCCAGGUGUUGGCCUGCAGGGAACCUGAGGUGGAGGUAGCACUGCCCCUGCAGGUGCUGAUGCGCCGUUCCCAGCGCAACUACCUGGAGGCUCAUGUUGAUCUGCGCAACUGUGUAACCUACCAGACUGAGUACCGCUGGGAGGUAUACCGCACUGCCAGCUGCCAACGGCCAGGGCGCAUGGCCCACAUGAUACUGCCUGGUGUGGAUGUGAGCCGGCCUCAGCUGGUAUUGCCUCGGUUGGCACUGCCUGUGGGUCACUACUGCUUUGUGUUUGUGGUGUCGUUUGGGGAUACACCAUUGGCACAGAGCAUCCAGGCCAAUGUGACAAUGGCUGCUGAGCGCCUAGUACCCAUCAUUGAAGGUGGCUCGUACCGCGUGUGGUCAGAUACACAGGACCUUGUGCUGGAUGGGAGCAAGUCCUAUGACCCUAAUCUGGAGGAUGGCAACCAGACGCCACUCAGCUUCCACUGGGCCUGUGUGGCCUCAACACAGAGUGAGGCAGGUGGGUGUGUGCUGAACUUCGGGCCCCGUGGGAGCAGCAUGGUCACCAUCCCUAUGGAGCGCCUGGAGGCUGGUGUGGAAUACACCUUUAACCUCACUGUGUGGAAGGCAGGCCGGAAGGAGGAGGCCACCAACCAGACGGUGCUGAUCCGGAGUGGUCGGGUACCCAUUGUGUCCCUGGAAUGUGUGUCCUGUAAGGCACAGGCAGUAUAUGAAGUGAGCCACAGUUCUUAUGUAUACCUGGAGGGCCGCUGCCACAACUGCAGCAGUGGCUUCAAGCGAGGGCGUUGGGCAGCACGAACCUUCAGCAACAAGACACUGGUGCUAGAUGAGACAACAACAUCCACGGGUAGCUCUGGCAUGAGGCUGGUGGUACGACAGGGUGCACUACAUGAUGGGGAGGGCUACAUCUUCACGCUCACUGUGCUGGGCCGCUCAGGUGAGGAGGAGGGCUGUGCCUCCAUCCGCCUCUCACCUAACCGCCCUCCACUUGGAGGCUCUUGUCGCCUCUUCCCAUUGGAUGCUGUACAUGGCCUUACCACCAAAGUGCACUUUGAAUGUACAGGCUGGCAUGAUGCUGAGGAUGGUGGUGCCCCAUUGGUAUAUGCACUACUGCUGCGGCGCUGUCGCCAGAACUACUGCGAGGAUUUCUGCAUCUACAAGGGUAGCCUCUCCACCUAUGGGGCUGUUCUGCCACCCGGCUUUCAACCCCUGUUUGAGGUGGGCCUGGCUGUGGUUGUACAAGACCAGCUGGGUGCUGCUGUGGUUGCACUCAACAGGUCUCUGCCCAUUGUCCUGCCAGAGCCCAAUGGUAGUCCUGCAGACCUCAUACCUUGGCUGCACAGCCUGACCGCCAGUGUGCUGCCUGGACUACUAAGGCAGGCUGACCCCCAGCAUGUCAUUGAAUACUCUCUGGCCCUCAUCACUGUGCUCAAUGAGUAUGAGCAGGUCCAAGAUGUGGCAGAGUCCAAGCAUGAGUGGCAGCUGCGAGCCCAGAUGCGCAAGAACAUCACAGAGACCCUGGUCUCCCUGCGGGUCAACACCGUGGAUGACAUCCAGCAGAUCACUGCUGCACUGGCCCAGUGUAUGGUGUCUAGCAGGGAGCUCAUGUGCCGCUCAUGCCUGAAAAGGAUGCUGCAGAAGCUUGAGGGCAUGAUGCACAUCCUGCAAGCUGAAACCACUGAGGGUACUGUGACGCCUACCACCAUUGCUGACAGUAUCCUCAAUAUCACAGGUGACCUCAUCCACCUAGCCAGCUCGGACAUGCAGGGCCCACAAUUGGGGCCCGAGCCACCCUCAUUGAUGGUGGCAUCCAAGGCCUACAACCUUUCGUCAGCUCUCAUGUGCAUCCUCAUGCGUUCCCGUGUGCUAAAUGAGGAGCCUCUGACCCUGGCAGGUGAAGAAAUCAUGGCUUUAGGCAAGCGCUCAGACCCACUCAGCCUUCUAUGUUAUGGCAAAAUCUCAGGGCCCGGCUGCCACUUCUCUAUCCCUGAGGCCUUCAGUGGGGCCCUGUCCAACCUCAGUGAUGUGGUGCAACUCAUCUUCCUUGUGGACUCCAACCCCUUUCCCUUUGGCUACAUCAGCAACUAUACCGUCUCCACCAAAGUGGCCUCUAUGGCAUUCCAGACACAGGCUGGCACCCAGAUUCCCAUUGAGCAGCUGGCCACAGAGCGUGCUAUCACAGUGAAGGUGCCCAAUAACUCGGACCAGGCCAUCCAGGGCUCCCGCACCCCUGUGGGCUCUGCCAUUGUCCAGCCCCAAGCCUCAGUCAGUGCCACGGUCACUACAGACAACAACAACCCUGAAGCUGGACUGCAUAUGUGGAUUACUUACACAGUGCUUGAUGAACACUACCUGUCUGAGGAGCCUGAGCCCUAUCUGGCUGUCUACCUACAUUCAGUGUCCCAGCCCAAUGAGUACAACUGCUCAGCUAGCAGGAGGAUUAGCCUGGAAGUGCUUCAGGGUGCUGAUCACAGGCCCUAUACCUUCUUCAUUGCCCCAGGGACUGGGGCCCUGGGUGGGAGUUACUACCUGAAUCUGACCAGCCAUUUCCACUGGUCGGCACUGGAAGUAUCUGUGGGCCUGUACACAUCCCUGUGCCAGUACUUCAGUGAGGAGAAGAUGAUGUGGAGGACUGAGGGGCUUGUGCCCCUGGAGGAGACCUCACCCAACCAGGCCGUCUGCCUCACCCGCCACCUCACCGCCUUUGGUGCCAGCCUCUUCGUGCCCCCCAGUCAUGUCCACUUCGUCUUUCCUAAGCCACCUACGAGUGUGAACUACAUUGUCCUGCUGACGUGUUCCAUAUGCCUGGUGACCUAUGCAGUCAUGGCUGUGAUCCUACGCAAGAUGGACCAGCUGGAUGUUCGCCGAGUCCGCGUCAUCCCAUUCUGUGGGAAGGGGGGCCGCUUCAAAUACGAAAUCCUGGUCAAGACUGGCUGGGGCCGAGGCUCAGGCACCACGGCCCAUGUGGGUAUCAUGUUGUAUGGGGAAGACAACCGGAGUGGCCACCGGCACCUGGAUGGGGACAGAGCCUUCCAUCGCAACAGCCUGGACAUCUUCCAGAUUGCAACCCCAUACAGCUUGGGCAGUGUGUGGAAAAUCCGAGUGUGGCAUGAUAACAAAGGGCUCAGCCCCGCCUGGUUCCUACAGCACAUCAUCAUCCGGGACCUUCAGAGUGCCCGCAGCACCUUCUUUCUGGUCAAUGACUGGCUGUCUGUGGAGACUGAGGCCAACGGGGGCCUGGUAGAGAAGGAGGUGCUAGCAGCAAGUGACACUGCCUUGUGGCAGUUCCGACGCCUCCUAGUGGCCGAGCUGCAACGAGGCUUCUUUGACAAGCACAUCUGGCUCUCUAUAUGGGACCGGCCACCUCGCAGCCGCUUCACUAGAGUCCAGAGAGCCACCUGCUGUGUCCUCCUCCUUUGCCUCUUCCUGGUUGCCAAUGCUGUGUGGUACGGAGUUGUGGGAGAUGCCACUUACAGUAUGGGGCCUGUAUCCAGUCUAAUUCCACCAAGUGUUGACACUGUUGCCAUUGGUCUGGUGUCUAGUGUGAUGGUCUACCCUGUCUACCUGGCUGUCCUGUUCCUCUUCCGGAUGUCUCGGAGCAAGGUGACUGGGGACCAAAUCCCCAUGCCCACAGGGCAGCAGGCCCUGGACAUUAACAGCUACCUGGACCCGUCUGUACUAGACAGCUCCUUCCUCACAGUCUCUGGCCUCCACACAGAGCAGGCCUUCCCUGGGCGAGUGAAGAAUGACUUAUUUCUAGAAGACGCUAAAAGCCUGCUGUGCUGGCCAUCCAGUGAAGGCACUCUCAGUUGGCCAGACCUGCUCAGUGACCCAUCCAUCGUGGGCAGUACUCUGCAACGGUUGGCACAGGGCCACAUGUUGGGCCCAGAAGAAGAUGGCCUAUCUCUGGUUUGCCCAUCUUCGCCUGCCAAGUAUUUAUCAGCAUCAGAUGAAGACCUAAUCCGGCAAGUCUUGGCCAAUGGAGCCAGCAACCUGGCUCCCACCCAGGAUACCCACAUUGAAGCAGACCUGCUUUCCAGCCUGUCCAGUGCUCCUGGGGAGAAAACAGAGACACUGAUGCUGCAGACACUGGGGGAGAAGAGGCUGCUAAACCAAGGCCUGACCUGGGAACAGCUGCCAGUGACAAGGCUUUCCAGGACAGGACUGCCAGAAGGCCUUCAGAAGCGACUGCUGCCUACCUGGUGUGCCCCCCUGGCCCAUGGGCUCAGCCUGCUCCUGAUAGCCAUGGCCGUAGGGGUCUCAGGGUGGGUUGGUGCCAGCUUCCCCCCCAGCGUGAGCGUCAUGUGGCUUCUCUCAAGUAGCUCCAGCUUCCUGGCCUCAUUCCUUGGCUGGGAGCCCCUUAAGGUCCUGCUGGAAGCCCUCUACUUUUCACUGGUGGCCAAGCGGCUAUACCCUGAUGAAGAUGACACUCUGGUAGAGAGCCCAGCUGUGACACCUGUGAGUGAGCGGGUGCCCCGUGUGCGACCCCCCCAUGGCUUUGCUCUUUUCCUGGCCAAAGAGGAAGCCCGAAAGGUCAAGAGGUUGCAUGACAUGCUGAAGAGCCUCUUGGUGUACAUGCUUUUCUUACUGGUGACGCUGCUGGCCAACUAUGGGGAUGCCUCGUGCCAUGGUCAUGCUUAUCGCCUGCAGAGUGCCAUCAAGCAGGAGCUGGAUAACCAAGCUUUUUUGGCCAUCACCCGGUCUGAUGAGUUCUGGCCAUGGAUGUCCCAUGUGUUUCUACCCUACAUCCACGGGAACCAGUCUAGCCCUGAACUGGGACCCCCACGGCUGCGGCAGGUGCGGAUGCAGGAAGCACUCUGUCCAGACCCUCCCGGCCCAGUGCACACAUGUUCAGCUGCAGGAAGCUUCAGCACCAGUGACUAUGGCAUUGGCUGGCAGAGUGUGGCUCAAAAUGGCUCUGAGACAUGGGCCUACUCUACUCCCGACUUGCUAGGCACUUGGUACUGGGGCUACUGUGCAGUCUAUGACAGUGGUGGCUACGUGCAGGAACUGGGUCUGAGUCUGGAGGAGAGCCGUGAACGGCUGGGCUUCUUGCAGUUGCACAACUGGCUUGACAGCAGGAGCCGUGCAGUGUUUGUGGAGCUUACCCGCUACAGCCCUGCUGUGGGGCUGCAUGCUGCUGUCACACUACGCCUCGAGUUUCCUGUAGCUGGCCAUGCACUGGCUGCCUUCAGUGUCCGCCCAUUUGCAUUACGGAGACUUAGCACAGGCCUGUCACUGCCACUGUUGACCUCGGUAUGCUUGCUGCUGUUUGCCCUGUACUUCUCCGUGGCUGAAGUGCACACCUGGCACAAGGAGGGGUGUACACGAACAGCACAGCCUGGUGCCUGGGCACAGUGGCUACUGGUAGCACUGACAGCAGCCACUGGGCUAGUGCGCCUGGCUCAGCUGGGAAUUGCUGACCGCCAGUGGACACGUUUCAUGCACAGCCGUCCACACCACUUCACUAGUUUUGACCAGGUUGCUCAACUGGGCUCUGUAGCUGGUAGUCUGGCAGCCUCACUGCUCUUCCUGCUCUUGGUCAAGGCUGCUCAACAGCUGCGGUUUGUGCGCCAAUGGUCUGUUUUCGGCAAGACACUGUGCCGGGCCCUGCCCGAGCUCAUGGGAGCCACAUUAGGCCUGGUGGUGCUUGGUGUGGCCUAUGCUCAGGUGGCUGUUCUGCUUAUCUCCUUCAGUGCUGACACUCUCCAUAACAUGGCCCUAGCCUUCCUGGUGCUGUGCCCUGGGGCUAGGGUCCCCACCCUGUGCCCUGUAGAGUCCUGGUAUCUGUCCCCACUUCUGUGUGUGGGGCUCUGGGCUCUGCGGGUAUGGGGUGCCCUAAGGCUGGGGGCUGUCCUCCUACGUUGGCGGUACCAUGCCUUGCGUGGGGAACUCUAUCGCCCAGCCUGGGAGCCCCAGGACUAUGAGAUGGUGGAGCUUUUCUUGCGCAGGCUUCGGCUCUGGAUGGGCUUCAGCAAAGUUAAGGAGUUCCGCCACAAAGUCCGCUUUGAAGGAAUGGAGCCGCUGCCUUCCCGCUCAUCCAGAGGUUCCAAGUCAUCCCCAGUCGUGCCUCCAUCUAGUACUGGUUCAGAUGCUUCACAUCCCUCCACCUCAUCCAGUCAGUUAGAUGGGCUGAGUGCAGGCUUGAGCCGCUCAGCACUGAGGCAGGAGCCAGAGCCCUCUCGCCUCCACACCGUGUUUGAAACCCUGCUGGCUCAGUUUGACCGACUCAACCAGGCCACAGAAGAUGUCUACCAGUUGGAACAGCAGCUCCAGAGCUUUCGAGGCCAUGGGCUCAGUGGGCCUCCUCCCUCACCUCCCCCUGGCUACACCCCAGGCUCUCAGCCAGCCAUGCCCUCCCACCUUUCCCAAGCCAGUCAGGGAAUAGAUGAGGCUACAGGCCCCAGCAGGGUAUCCCUUUGGCUCAAGAACAAGGUUCACCCCAGCAGCACUUAGACCCAAGGGUUUUGGCCUUGCCUUUUCCUGGGCAGACCUGUGUCCUCACCCUGGCUUCUCAGAGCCAGGGUGGACACCACUCAGUAUUACUUCCUGCCACCCUCAAGGUUGGGUUAGGCAGAAUGGCUGUAUGCAAGUUCCCUAGGGCACAGGCAUUGUGGCCUUGCCUACGGCCUUCAGCACUUUAGGCUGUGUGACCAGCCAGGACCAUGGGUCCCCUCCCCAAAGGAGGACACAGCAGUAUUGGACCGAGUGAGUACCUAGCCUCCGAGAUGCUAAUUUAUUUCCCGAGUCCUUGGGUACAGCAGGCUGUGCCCAGCUCCAACCCUAGGCAGCCAUCUCCCCUUGCUAAGAGGGCUAAGCUGCACCUCCCACCAUCUGACCCCUAAGUUAUUACCUCUCCUAUUGUCUCUGCAGUGCACUUGCCUCCAGCCACUAUUCCCUUUGUAUGUCAGUAAUUUAUACAGGGUUAAAAUGUAUAUAUUUUUGUAUGUCACUAUUUUUCACUAGGGCUGAAGGGCCUAGUGGCUGAAGCUGGGCCCUGUGCCCAUUCUUGCCCAGGGUAGGGGCACUGGGGCAGCUGUGUCCACUUACUGGAUCCGAGUCUGGCCUUGGGCAGGUACUGGACAGUAUUGGGGCUACCAUGGCCUUCUUUUCCUCCCUUGUCUGGGACAGGCAGAGAGAAGGUAGCACCUGCUGGUAUCAGGUCUGGGCAAGGGCAGGACUAGUAUGGGGUAAAGGAUGCCAAGACCCCCUGCUGGGGCUGGCCCCCAGAGUGAGGUGAGAGUGGUAUGUGAUUGCUCGUGUGAGGAUGUGUGUGGAGGUGCCUGCUGCCUUUUGUGUACUGCUUCUGUGAGCUCGGCUACAGCCCUAGCCUUGAUCCUGCCCCAACCCCAAACAGACAAAGUCAAAUAAAGAAGCUGUCUGACUGCUA